AAAGUGGCAAGUGUGAAUGAAGUUAACAAAUUACCAAUAAUUGUUUUAAAAAUCUUUAUCCUUUACAUAAAGACAAAUUCAAAAAUUUCAUAAAAAUUUUGUGCCCCAGUGCAAUGAAUUUUCAGUAUUCUGUUUUCAUAUUGAUUGCGAAAGAAAAUUAGAAGAGCUUACUCUCAUGGCUCAAGGAUGGCACAUAAAGAAAAUGGGAUUGAAUACGCGUCGAAAGAUAGGGAAAUACCGUUCUGGCUCGAAGACAUUACCAAGGAGAUGAAAGAGACUCACAUAAGCAGCGAUACAUCUCAGCUAGAAGAGCAGAAAUUCAACUAUGGCGGUUCAAAGCUGGAAAACCACAGGUUGACGCGCAGGACUUCGUUGGAUACUACGCUCGACAUGAUGAUGAAACCCUCGAUGCAAAACGUCGCGCACUCUGCUGGCACCUUGCGGCACAACAAAGGCUACAACCAAAAUGGAAGGCGAAAGUAUACUGUACGAAACGGCAAGCUGGAUUGGGGAGAUUCUUCAAAUGCUAGCUCGAACGAUUUCCUAAAUGACCUUUUGCCUCACUACGUAACACCGCGGCACAGACGAAGUAACAUUAUUGACGAUGAUUUUCAUGAUGUUAUUUUAGGUUCACGAUUCCAAGAGAACAAUAAGUUAAGGAAAAAGCUAUUUCCUAAAGAAGGAUCUACAAAUAUACAACAAAAUGAUAGUUCAAACAGAACUUCUGUCAAAAACCAAACCAAAAAACCUGCUUCUUUAAGUUCCGUACCUAACAAAAACAUGCAAAAGGAAAAAUCAAAGAGUGAAUUUAUAAUUCCAGAACUUCCUGAAGGAAGAUUAUUGGAAAUCAAAAUAUUUUCUAAUUGGGGCGAUAAAUAUCUGGUUGGUUUAAAUGGCAUUGAACUCUUUGAUAUGCAUGGUAACGUCGUCAACAUAGAAAAGGUGUGGACGGAUUCUGACACGGGUGACCACUCGUCUCAUGGGCGCGCAGAGAGCAUCGCCGAUGGAGUGGUGAGGACCCGCGACGAGCGUCACGCUUGGACCACGCCCGCGCCGCGGACAUUGCCCGUCGCACUCAGUAUACUGCUAGCUAACUGCACGCGACUGGCUUUGCUCAGGAUAUGGAAUUACAAUAAAUCACGAAUUUAUUCUACAAGAGGAGUGCGCCUGGUUCAGAUAAAACUUGAUGACCAAGUCAUAUUCCAUGGCGAAAUCGCGAGGUCUAGUGGAGAACUGAAAGGACCAUUACCUACUUUUGGUGAUACCAUCCUGUUCACCAAAGACCCAAGUAUUUUAGAAGCCAUAAUGAUCAACGACAAGAAUUUCCAAGCUCUUCUAAAGGAGAACGAGCCAAUGAACGAGUCUACCUUGAUAGAGCAAAGGCCGCUUACAGCCAAUGACAGCAACCACAACUUGAGUCCUGCUGAACUGCUCGAAGCUUUGGAUAACGAGGAGAAGGAGACGAAAUACGUCGCGAAGCAGAUCAAAUUGACGCUCAUGUCGAACUGGGGUCAAAGACAUCUGAUCGGGCUUACAGGGAUCGAAAUCCUCUGCUACAACGAAUCAGUGAAGGUUCACCGAGCUUACGCUUACACGUCAUUUAUCACCGACGAGGAAACCCCAGACCCUGGUAGCCUGAUGGAAUGCAAGAGUUUGUUCUCCGGGAGGAACAUCACGACUGACUUCGACGAUAUGUGGUGCACCAACUUUGCUUCUGGGACGAAAUUCUGUCACAUUAUUAUGGAGUUGAGGGAACCUUCUGAAAUCACAAGUAUCCGCAUUUGGAACUACAACGCGAAUAUGGAGCUGUCCUACAUCGGAGCGAAACACGCUCGCAUCUCGCUGGACGGAGUGCCGCUGCAUUACCGGCCCGUACUGCUGCGGCGCGCGCCUGGGGACACCUGUUACGAUUAUGUACACCAGCUGGAGCUGGCUAACAUUGAUGAUCGACUGGAAGACGCCAAAGAUUCCGACAGUUUCCGCAUGGACUGCCUGGUCUACGGUAGCGGACUCGACAUGGGUGCUCCCACGGGCUUCGUGCUGCAACUCAGCAUUUUCUCCACGUGGGGCGACCCAUACUACGUGGGCCUCACCGCCGUAGAGCUCUAUGACCCCCACGGGAACAUGAUACAGCUAACGGAGACUAAUGUGUGUGCGCACCCGGCGAGCGUGAACGUAUUAGAUGCGCGAGCGCAGGACGUGCGUACACCCGACAAGCUGAUCGACGGCGCCACCGCCGGCGCCGCGCACUCCUGGCUGGCGCCCGUGCUGCCUCAUACUCUCAACAGAGUAUUCUUCGUUUUCGAUGUACCGAUAUCAGUUUACGGUAUGAAGAUUUGGAACUACGGCAAAACUCCAACGAGGGGAGUUAAAGAAUUUGGUGUUUUGAUGGAUGACCUGUUGAUCUAUAACGGAUCCUUGGACUGUGCCAAAAAUGAGGACAACAUAAUGCCGCAAUGGAUUUGCUUGCAGAAUGUGGACAUUGAUGCGUUAACCCCGAGCCCUUCGGAUCUGAGUCAACGCACGACCACGAGCGGCUCGCACGAGUCGGCCGACCCAGCCGCGCGCCCGCAUACUGGCGUGCAAUGCGCGCGCCGCUAAAUUUGCACGCGCCACGCCCGGAGGCAAAGUAACUUCACCAGUGAUAUCCAGCUUGACUAAAUAGUCCAAAUGCGCACCACAUAUUGGUUCCAGUGCCAUUCACGCAAAAACUUCUUGUAGCCUAGAAGUGAUAGUUCAUAGUCCCCUUUUAAUUUCCCUGGUUGAAACCUCCGCUACAUGAAGUGAGGUCACAUGUAUGACGAAGGUCCGUCCAAUAACGCGUACAAAAACUGAGAGAACGAAUACUGAAUUGGAAGAGCUCGGACAUAAGCGCCUCUGAUAUCGUACUUCUUAGCUGCCUAUUCCACUUUACAUUCAGAUGAGUCUGUAUGGGAACUAUUGGGAACCAUGUACGCAUGUUACUUUGCCUGCGAAGAAAGAAAUGUUCCAUAUUCUACUGAUCUUUUAUAGCUCAUUCAGCUGAGGGAAUAAACACUUGGGCAGUUGAAUUGUUAAUCUGCCCAUCCCAGGCUUUGAAAUUAAAAGCUAUCUCGUGUGCCCCAUAGAGUAUACGAGUAAUAUUGUUAAAGAUUUCAGUAUUACGCAAUGAAACUGCCUAGUCGAAAUUAUUUAUAUUAAUUUAAGAUUACUUAAAAAGACGCUGGUCUGUGUUUAGAGUGAGAAUGGAGUCAAGGUUUUAUCGUGAAUGCCCCUUAUAGAGAUGUUAUCGUAGAUGUGAUUUGGUUGUUGUAAAGUGUCUUUAUGGAGUAACAUGUAAGCCGCACAAAAAUAGUGAUUUUAAAUUCUUAAUCCUACUUUCAUUCAUAAGCAUUGGUCACCAAGACUAAUGUUUUCUAUCAAAACAUAGUUCUAACAACCACACACAGCCAAACAUAAAUAUAAUUCGAUAAAAACAUUCAAACAAAUCAUACAAAUCGACGAUUAAUUAAUGUAGAAUAAGUACUUAUUUAAAAUCUAAUCGUACGAAUUUAAAUAAUAUAUUUUGAAUAAAUUAUGCAAAUUAUAGACUAAGUUAAGAAUUUGUUUGCAAAUAAUAAUCAAAAGUUUUGGGCACAUUUAGCGAGUUCAAUGCUGCUAAAAUGCAGGAAAAAAACUGUAGACUGCACAUGCGCCAAACGUUUUUAUCAACUCAUUGUUAACUUUAUCUGUUACUUUAAUAAUAGAAAAAAACUGGAAAACCAGAAACGAGUUACAUAACUAGUUACUUUACAAGUUUUGCAUUAUUGUUAAAAUAAUUUAUGAAUAUAGUGUGUUCUGUCCAGUCCAGUGUAUAAUGCGAAGCCGCGCGUCGCGUCGCCACGUCAAAUUGCUGUCAUAGUAACGUGUAUCGUGUAAAGUUAGAUUUUUGUACCGGAAAUAAACGACAGAUUUGUAUUA